UGCAAUUGUUUUCUGGGGUGUAGCAGUCAACCCCCUCUCAGCGGUAAUGAGAGGUUAUGGCAGGGCAAAUGACACCCACCCACUCACUCCUUCGCAUCUCUUACACAGUGACUACUUAGCCAACCUAAGAGCUUCUGUCUUGAAUGACCGCAUAUGGGAGUUUCUGAUUGAUUGUUUACCACCUUAGACCCAGUUUUUUUAAACUGAGCCUUACCAUAACCAUAAUCCUAAACCUGUCUAUCGGCCUGGUUCCGGAGUGUGAGUGGAGACCCAGAAGUUUCUGGAAAGAGUCUCUGGUGUCACACACAGAUGGCCUGACCUUCUCAGUCACACACUUGUUUUUAUGCUCUGUUUUUGUUUUUAGCUAGGAUGCUAGAUUGCAUCAUCCUCCAUGGAGAACAACAUGUUGGGUAAUAUGAUUGACAGGUCACGGAGAACCGGCCCAGUUUGCCUAUUGGUUGUGAGGCAUCCAAAGGCAUCAAGGAGCCAAUAGUAACUGGAUUGCUGAUUAUUUUGUUGUGUGUGUGUGCCUGGCAGAAGAAGUAGCUUUAGUCAUUGAAUCAACAUGGAAAACAUGAUGGCUGGAUUUAUUUUGUGAGAUUAUCAGAUGGAGUUGUAUCAGGCGUCGUUGAAAUCAAAAUAGUGUUGGACAUCACUGAGCAGAUGGCCCCACACCUGCUACAACUGCUCCCAUACUGGGCUUGCUAACUUUGCCUCAAACUCGUUUUAAGGAUGGCUUUCUGUAAAAAUGUCAAGACUGAUCACACCAAACUGUGUUCAUGUGGGCACGUGACCGACAGGACCUGUGGUAGGGAGGUUGGCUUGCACUGAUACCAGUACUUAAGUUGAUUGGCCCAGUGUUUUGUAGAAGAUCACAUUUGUAAUUGUUAUGUGUGUGGUUAACCUUGAAGAAUUGAUGUGAUUCCAGAAAAUGGGCAUUGAUUUCUACAGACUUUGACACAGUUGAGUCAACAGAACUGUAUUUUAAUUCCUCUUCACACCUCAACGUUAAAAGAGAGCAGAAUGGAGGGGAAAAUCAUGAUCUCACACAUGGUCUUAUGGCAAGGUUGUCAUGACAACCACAUUCAUCAGAAGAACACAGGCUUCUUCCAAUAGGCUACUGACUCUGUAUUUUAGUUAUUGGCCAUGUGUCUUUGUUGUGUCUCAGUAAAUGGACUCCUAUGUGGUGGGCCCGGGUUAAUCUGCUGUCUGCAUGUCUGUCAUCCUCUGCUCGCCUUUUAUGCCCCUGGUGAUUGCACCACCCUGGUGCUUCUGGUCUUCCCCCAGAAUCUGGUUUCACAUGGUGGUUUAGAUUUGUGUUCCCAGUGUCUAGCACCAUAUGAAAUCAGUGUUCUUGAGGACAGGGGAACAGCACAGUGAAGGACACUCGUUGAAGGAGUCUCUCUGUCACCUGCUCUUCCUUAUCUCUUUCUCCAGUCAAAGAUGACUGAUUUCUUCUGGUGCUUAGAGUCCCUCUUCCUCCAUCUAGCACCAUUUGAAAUCGGUUAUAAAAAUGGAGAUCAAUUCAUCAGUCUUCCAAGUGAACACUCCAGUCGACUCCAAAUGAACUGUCAUGAAUGUGUCAUUGUUUAACUCUUUCGUCAUCUUGAUUCUAUUCGACUCUACUUUGAAUAUUGAAAGAAAGAUACUACUUUGAAUAUUGAAAGAAAGAUACGACUGUAUCUUUACCAAUUUAAAUGGUUAGGAAUAAAAUUGAACUAUUACCUGUCAUUUUUCUACAGUUCUUACAUCUCUCAUAUCGUCACAUAAUAUUGGGUGGGAGUAUUUGUAAACCUGUUUAGUACACCUACGUGAAUCCAAUCCGAUAUGGCAUAAUCUUCUUUAUUUAUUUUGAUAGUGACAGAGAGAGACAGAAAAGGCAGGGAGAGAGGAAGACAUGUAAAAAAUACCCUGGGUUGGAAUCGAACCUGGGCCACUGCAGUAAGACUGUGGCAUGUGUUACCUGGUGACCAUGGAUCCAUUACAUUUAAGGGUUAGUUUAGGUUUUAGGGCAGUUAUUGGGACCCAUCCCAGUUCAGCCAGCAUGACAACAGAAUGACACAGCAAAAACACAGAUGGAGGUAGAUAUCAUCAGGAACAUACAUAAGCAUUAUUGAAACUUCAGCCACAGAGGUUUCUGUUUCCUCAGGACUUUAAUAGGUUUAGACAGAGGAGGCAGAAAGCCCUCAAAGAGGAUUUAAUGACGGAAUUUCGACUUAUCUUAUCUUGGCUCUGUCCUUGUCGCCCUGAGUUACCAUGUCACACUUCAGAUCAAAUGUACACUUAGUCAUGCUGUAGAUAGAGUUCUUUGUUUGUAAUGUGAACUUGGCCAUGACUUUGGAGACCAUCCUGGAGAAUGGGGUCGGACUGAGAGAGGAACUGGAGGAGGAGGAUAAGAAGAACUUUCCUUUCCACAUCCAAGCCUUGGAAAGGACUUCAGGAAAGAAAGCCUCAGAGUCAGUACUCAAAUUAGGGGAUGUACCUAUAGCAGUAAAGGCCCGUGAGAUCUAUCAGAAAGCCAAAGUGAUGGAUUCUCAAGAGAUAUGGAACAUUCUACGAGAAGAAUCUGAGGCAAGGCUGGCGAGGAUAGAAAUGUCGCACAGCUGGCACACUGUGAUUGAGUCAUUCAACGAGAGGAUGGAGUGUAGGAAACUAAUGGAGCUGCAGGGAAGAUCUCAAAGCCACCGGAGUCGAGUGGCCCUCAUGUUCAAAGCCUCGGAAAGCAACCUCGACAGAACAACCCUGCUUAUGGCCAACAACCCCCUGCCAGACCUCCACAGCCAUCAAGAGGGGGACAGUCCCACCAAAUACUUGGCUAAUGACAUCCUAGCACAGCCAAAGAGGCUGGCUUCCAUUGGAGGCCCCUUGAAGGGUUUGCCUCCACUGAUGAAACCUUCCAAAGUUCCAUCCCAGAAACAGAAAAAGUUGAGCAUACCGCACAGGGCUCUAUCAGAAGUACCGACCAGUGUCUGUGUUCAGAUCUCUGAGAACUGGUCAAUGGUUUCAGACAAGGACAUAAAAGAAGAAGGUAUUACCAGUGAUACUGAUAUUAAUGAAUUCUGGAAUCCCAUUUAAGUGUGAUUGUUAGCUUUCCUGCACGUGUGUAUGUGCCCAGAACUGACCCAAGACUGGGAGUUCAAAGAUGAGAGCUGUGCACUCUGGGAGCCCCUAACCCUUUCUACCCUGCUGGAGACUUCAACCACCCUGACAGCACCUGGUCAUGGAGCAUUUCGGUAUGGACAGAGUGCCUACUGGAAAGAGAAAAGCAGCUCUUAACUCCCACUGGUUUAUAUAAUUGUACAGGAAAAUACACCAAUAAACAUUUACUAAGCA